AUGGGCCUGAGCGACGACAAGGAUCGCAUCGUGAUCAACGUGGGAGGGAUCAGGCACCAGACGUACCGCAGCACCCUUCGCACCCUACCCGGUACCCGCCUGUCGUGGCUGGCCGAGCCAGACGCUCCCAACCACUUUGACUAUGACGCCAAGAUCGAGGAGUUCUUUUUCGACCGCCACCCGGGCGUCUUCGCGCACAUCCUCAACUACUAUAGGACAGGUAAGCUGCACUGCCCCGCCGAUGUGUGCGGACCGCUCUACGAGGAAGAGUUGGCCUUCUGGGGCAUCGACGAGACGGACGUGGAGCCCUGCUGCUGGAUGACCUAUCGCCAGCACCGGGAGGCGGAGGAGGCCCUUGAUAGUUUCGGCGGGGGGGGACUCUUGGACCUUGGCAACGACGAUGGCGAGCCCGAGCAGGAGCACGGCGAGGACGACGUGGACGAGAUGACGCGGAGGCUGGCGCACGGAGACUCUCCUGACGCCCGGAGCGGCACUUUGUGGAGCCGCUGGCAGAAGCGCGUUUGGGCACUUUUCGAAGACCCGUACUCCUCCAAAUAUGCAAGGUGGGUGGCUCUGGCCUCGCUGUUCUUUAUCCUGGUUUCCAUCACCACGUUCUGUCUGGAGACUCACGAGACCUUCAACCCCAUUGUCAACCGCACCGAGGUCGAACUGGUGGACAACGUCACGGUGGUGCACACUUACCAGGAACCCGAGACGGCGGCCUACCUCACGUACAUCGAAGGCGUUUGUGUGGUGUGGUUCACUUUUGAAUUCCUAAUGCGAAUAACUUUCUGUCCAAACAAAUUUGACUUCAUCCGCAACGCCCUGAACAUCAUCGACUUUGUGGCCAUCCUGCCCUUCUACCUGGAGGUGGGCCUCAGCGGGCUCUCGUCAAAGGCAGCUAAGGACGUGCUGGGUUUCCUCCGAGUGGUCCGCUUUGUUAGGAUCCUGCGUAUCUUCAAACUCACCCGCCAUUUUGUGGGUCUGAGGGUGCUGGGCCACACUCUGAGAGCCAGCACCAAUGAGUUUCUUCUCCUCAUCAUCUUCUUAGCCCUGGGUGUCCUGAUCUUUGCCACCAUGAUCUACUACGCGGAACGCAUCGGCGCAAACCCCAACGACCCCCGAGCCAGCGAGCACACGCAGUUCAAGAACAUCCCGAUUGGAUUCUGGUGGGCCGUGGUGACCAUGACGACCCUCGGCUACGGCGACAUGUACCCUCAGACCACCUCCGGUAUGCUGGUAGGAGCCUUGUGUGCCCUGGCGGGUGUGCUGACCAUCGCCAUGCCGGUCCCUGUGAUUGUCAACAACUUUGGAAUGUAUUACUCCUUGGCUAUGGCGAAACAGAAACUACCAAAGAAAAAAAAUAGGCAUAUCCCACGGGCGCCACAACCUGGUUCUCCGAACUUCUGUAAAUCAAGCAUCAGCUCGCAACAUCAGAGCCCUGUCGCCCACGACGAUGUUUUUGAGAUAAAGUUUCAAGAUUCCAAGCUGAACGGUGAGGCUGCUAAUGCCGCACUUGCCAACGAGGACUGCCCUCACAUCGACCAGGCCAUAUCUCCAGAGGAAAUCUUCAGCCCCAGCGAAAGAGAGCGGCCCUGCUUCCUGGUCACUACGGCCGAGCGGCCCAACCACACAGGGGGCAGAGUAAGGAGGGGUUAUGAAAAGCCUUGGAGCCUUAACAGCAUGUCUGGCAUGAGCGGGGAUGCCUCUGGAGUGUCCUCAGUGUCCGCCCUGCCCUGCAGCCCACCCUGUCUAAUGCAGCACUCACAUUCUCCCAUCCCAUCCAUUAUGUAG